AUGGCCGUGGGCCCGCCCCUCGUCUAUGCCGAUCAAGCCUUCUCGAUCGUCCGGAACAAAGACUCAACAGGAUUCUCCCGUGAUGUCUGCGCUAUACUGCUACUCGCGAACAUCACUCGAUGUUUCUUCUGGCUGGGGAGCCGGUUUGAGCUGGCCUUGCUCCUGCAGUCCCUAUUCAUGAUACUGGCACAGCUAGCACUCCUGUAUAUUUGCAUCCAAUAUCGCCCGUCUGGUAGUCCCGAGAAUGUCGGUGCUUCGACAAGGCCAUUUGCCUUCUGGCAAUGGCCCACGUACACACAAUACAUGGAGUUCCUUGCAGGAUUCAUUCUUGUCCAAGCCAUCCUGUACCUCAUCUUCGGUCGCUCGGAAGCCUUCAUAUUCGUCCUUGGGUUGAUCGCUUUGGGCGUCGAGAGUACGCUGCCAAUACCACAACUUAUCAGCAACCACAAACAGAAGUCCUUAUAUGGCUUCAGGAUGACAACCUUGCUCGGGUGGGUUGGUGGCGAUGCCUUCAAAACGGUGUACUUCUUCCUGCAGAACUCUCCUUUGCAAUUCAAGAUAUGUUCCGUCUUUCAACUGUCUGUGGACUGCGUCAUUAUUGGCCAACGGCUGUACUUCGGGAAUGGCCUCCCUGCGUCAAGGCUCAUGGAAGAGGAUGACAUAGAACAGGCGUUAGCACUAGCGGAAGAGUAG